AUGGAGAUGGAGUCACACUACAAUGCUAGAAAUCCGAGACUAACUGAGAGCCUUGAACGGCUACGUGAGGAAACUAGCAAAGACACCACACUGAACACAUUACACAAAGUAAUUGUCAACGGGUGGCCAGCAGACAGAACAGACAUCCCAGAGUCUUUGCACCCCUGCUGGAAUUACGGGAACGAGCUGUCAGUAAAAAAUGGCAUUUACAAAGGAGCCAAAGUUAUGCUACCUCAGUCGAUGCAAAAGGACAUGCUUUGCAAUAUCCACGCCAAACACUUUGGUGGAGAAUCGAAGAUAUGUAUGGUACGUGAAGUCCUCUUUUGGGCAGGAAUGCAAAAGUCCAUCCAAGACGUGUGAUGCGUGUAGUAGUUGCGCCCAGUAUGGCCAAUCUGCACCAAAAGAACCAAUGAAAUCCUUACCAAUAGUACGCCAGUAGCAGUAUUCUAGUUCUAGGGAGUUUAUUGGCCCCUAUAAAGUCCCCUGGGAAAUUCAAGCAAGUUAUAAUUCUCCGCAACACAGGUAGCACCGCUGAAGCCUUUUCAUGGCUCACGUUCCUGUAGAACCAAACCUAGCAGCUGUGGCAGCUACUGCUCCAGCAGAACUUGAACUGACACCAGCAUCAACUGCCAAGAUAUUAUGUUUUAAGAUGCAUAUACUCUACUGUAUUCAGUAAUUUAUAUUUAUUGUUUUUUCAAUUGUUCUAGAACUUGGCACUUAGAAGCUUAUCUCCAGUUUACAUGGUGGGCAAAAGGUGCCUUGGGAAAGAAAAACUGGCAAUAGUGAAAGAAAUUCGACAUGAGCUUCCUUUACAAUGGGAGCAUUUCAUGUACAUAUUCAUGCUCUGAUAGGUCGCCUUGCCUAAUAAAAAAUUGUCUACAAAAUUGACGCACAUUUCGUUAUUACCUAUUUCAGUUUCCCUACACCUUUUUGGAACCAUUUUGCUUAUCUCCUUCCCUUUUGCGUAAUUCCCAAGGCUGCCCAGGAUGUUGUAGACAAGGUCAAACGCAAGAUAGAAGUGGUGAAGUCAAAAAAUUUCCCAAAAUACUGUUAG